AUGGACGCGCCGGCCGCCUGCGAGAUCGAGCGCCUGCCGGAGGACCUCCUGGUGCACGUGAUAUCGCUCACGUCGCCGGCGGGCGCCAUCCACGCCACCGCCGUGUCCCGGGCCUUCCACGCCGCCGCCGACUCGGACACCGUCUGGUCCCGCCUCCUGGCGCGCGACCUCCCGCAGUUCGCCAAGAGGGAGCUCCCCCGCAAGCCGCCGUCGACCAAGAAGGGGAUGUUCCGGCGCCUCUCCGACGAACCGGCCCUCCUCCCGGGCAAGUAUGUGGCAAUAAGCGCUUCUACAUGCAUCCUCCUGUCGGUCCCUAAAGUACCAAGGUUCUCACAAGCCGCUGACAUCGGCCAUGUUAACAUACUCAAGAUAUGUGCCAAGAUACAGAGAAACAUGCUCUCUCAAAACAUAACCUACGUGGCAUACAUGGUGUUCAAGCUAGGACCCAGAUUUUACUGCUUCGAUUUCCCGUUUCAAGAAGCCUCAUUUGGCGUUGUUGGCACCCAGUCGAUCCAGCAGGUUUGCCUGCAAGGCUAUGUCGAGGACGGUGAUGGAACCGGUGUUCCACCUCGGAAACACAUCAUGCCAAGUUCUUACAGUAUAUAUAAUCGUGACGAGGUUCCUCCUCAAAAGAACGUUGUUUUCCCACGUAAGAAAGCCGACGGUUGGAUGGAGGUGGAGCUUGGUGAGUUCCAUAAUGAGGGAGGUGAUGGUGAGGUCUCCAUCAGCUUGACCGAGACAACAAAACCCAAGAGUGGCCUUAUUGUCUGGGGCAUUGUGAUAAGAAGUAAGCAACAAAAGAAAAAAGAAGAAGUAAGCAACAAAGGCCAGUAA